AUGGCUAUUCCACCGUUUCCAUCACAAGAUUUGGCUAAGCUUGUACUUGGAUAUCUAGCGGAGGAGCAGCUAAUGACAGCUUAUGAUGAAUUUUUACAAGCUAGCCCGUAUUUAGACGCGCUCGGAAAUGAAUAUGACAGACUUUUUAUGACUUCCCUCAAAAAUAUUCUAGCCGAGUACAGAGCAGUAAAGAUUUAUGUGGAAUCUUGCAAACCUUUUAUACUUAGGAAAAAACUAAUUCAAUGUAGCAAUUUGUUGGAAAUUGUUAAAUUUUUGAUACAAAAUGUAGACACAAAUAAAAUAAGUAUGCAGGAGCAUAGUUUUGAUAGAACAGGUUCAAUUAAAAAUGUUAAUGCUGUAACACCCAGUUAUGUGUCCCAACCUAGUGCACAGUCUAAAAGUCAAAUAGAAGCUACUACCCUGGAAAGUUCUGUUGAGACUACAUCUUUAGCAGAUCUGCCAGGAAAUGUGACUUCAAAGAGAAAAUCAAUGAAAGUACUAGAUAGAGAGUCUAGGAAUUCUCAAACAAUUCUUUCAGACAAUGAGUUUGAUAGUGAAGUAGGACAAAAGGAUUGUCCUGAAACUCUUAGUGCUACAAAGAAAACAAACUUACCUGUUGAUAACAAAGGUCCAGUCACUGUUAGUGAGCAUCCAGUUAAUAAUCAUACAGAUGAUUUGGCUAAUAGUAAAAAGUGUGAAUCCGUUCAGAAAAUUGAAGAAUUUAACAAUAUUUUGGAACUUGUGUGUAAAAAUGGAAGUGCUACACACAGUAGAAAUUAUUCAAUACCUGAUAAUGUUAGCAGCCAGCAAAAUAGGAUUUCAACAGCAGGGACUUUUCAAGAAUUUAGUACUGGCAUUUAUAAUGGCGAUAAAGUCAAUAUACCUGUUACCAAUCCUGCUGAAGUUAAUAAAGCGCUGGCGCCAUUAAGCAAAAGAAACAACAAUACUUACGUAAAUAUUGGCUCAAUAAAUGGAUCAGAUUUGAAAUCUAAAAACCAUUUAAUAUUAAAAGUUGAGCCUACGCAAAACCAUCAAGGGUUCCCAGUACAAAUGAAUUUGACAUCUACAUUUACACAUAACAGUAAAGUAAAGCAAGUGAAUACACAAAAACGUGAAGAGCAAAAAAUAAAAAUAUUGUCUGAUGUUAAAGUUGAUAACGCAUACAACAGUAUCGGUAGACCAAAAAUGCCUCCCGUUUUAAGUAACGCUACCUCAACGCCGUUAGUUGAAACAAUUCUGAUAAACGGGACCAAAGCAUAUAAAAGCAAACCACAAUGUGCGUUGAACUAUAAUUAUACAAAGGAUGAAAUAAUGGCCAUGCCUACAUUAAUUCUCUUGCCUGCAACAUCGGGAAAUGCACAAAAUACAACAGAAUCACAACCCAUAAUGGAAAUGUCCACAAGCAGUAGUAUUACAGCUUCAACAAACUCCGCCCAGAAUAUACUUAGACCACUUACGAUUGAUGUUUCAUCUAAUAUCACUGCUCUGAAUCUCAAUUGUAAUAAAGAUCCUACAAAUAAACAAAAUAAUGAACAACAAAAUAACGAACCAAACCAUGUAAGCGAACAAAGUCUCGUCAAAACAGUUGAGUUGACUGGUCAUGUUUCUGUCCCCAAAGAUACACAUUCAACAACAGGAAAAACAAGCACGCCGCAGGGCAUGCCUCCUAAAAGGAAGUCUUCAUCAACUCCUCGGAGAACUUCCCAUGUAAGAGUUUUAGAUUUUACCACACCUAGGAGGAUAUUACAUGAGACAAUAAAUGAGCAAAGUUCUAAUAAGAUUUGUGCUGUCGAAAUCGAGCACAUCGGAACGCCUAAUGUACCAUGUAAAGAAUCCAGUGAAGAUGAUAAACCUGUUGUCAUCGAAAAGGUUUCAGAUAUUGAUACUGUGGCUUGUAGUAAUAUAGGCAGUUGUUCGGCAAAGGAAAAUAAAGUUGUUUUCAGUAAAAAAGGUAAUUGGGAUGCUGAUUUACGGGCUUUAGUAAAUGUUGGCGAAAUUGAUAAUUCAAUGAGACCACCGUCGAAGUCGAAACAUAAACCAAAAGUUAAAAAUACCAAAAAGAAAAAUUCAAAUGAAAAUAAUUCAAACAAAGCCAUAACAGCAAAUGAAAAAGUCGACAAGAAGUCAAGAAAGGGUUUGUCUAAACUAAAGGGCAAUAAAAAUAAAUCUAAACCAAAAGAUGAUGAAGAGGCUGCAGAGAUUUUAUGCAAAAGCGAUGAAAAGGUGCCCAUUGCUAUCAAACCAACCAUUAAUAUUAUAACUAGUAAUGAAUGGAGUAUAAAUAACCACGAAAGUGAAAAAAAUCAAAGCAAAACUAACACCAGCAAUGAGCGAAUAGAUACUCCAGAAAAUGAUAGAAUUGCGUUGCAGAAUGUAAUUGGAGCCAAACUUAAUAUAUCAGAUCUUUUAGAAACUCCUUACAAGCAAGCGCUUUAUGACAUACAAAUGGAAACUCCAAAGUUUUUAGGUCCUGAUUUACCCGAUGAACCAAUUUCAGAAGUUAAAAUUAUGAAUAUACCUACACCACGAUUUCUCUGUAGCCCUAAAGGUACACAAGCUACACCAUCUUCCUAUUCUUCAAGACCUACUGACUAUUCUAGUGGUGGAUCUUAUUAUAAACCGGAUGAUCAAGAUUAUGUUCUUUCUACAGAAGUUUUAGAGUGUCCAAUCAGUAUAGAAGAAAAAUCUAAAACAUCACAGCAUGAUGGACAAAAAUUUAAAAAACAGAUCUUACAUAGUGAUAUUAAAAACAAUGAAUCGAAGUCCACUCGACCAGUUAGACAAUGCACCAAAAAUGUUUCUUAUUUUAAAAAUCAAAAUGCAAACAAAGUUAAAGAAACUGAAGAACAUUCUGAAAACAGUGAUGCAACUACAAUUAAUAGUUCUUUUGAUAAUAAAUCAGAUAAACAACUCUUUUCUAAGAAUUCCACAGAGCGCGUAACUAAGUCUAAAAGAAAACCAGAAACAAAUAAAAAAAUAAGUUUAUCCAAAAAGAAUAAAUCACCCAUAAAAAGAGAAGCAUCAAAAAGUUUUAUGAAAAUAAAACCGAGACGAUCUACACCAAUCAAAGAGACAGGAGGCAAAUCUAGAAAAAUAUUUGACUCUUCUCUAAAUAAACAGCAAAAAAAAUUAAAUAAUAAGUUUAAAAACACCGAUUUAACUCCUGUAACUGCUUCAGUCCCUACGAAAUCGCGAAGAAAAUCAUCAACGCCCAGAAAAGUUCAUUGUACAGAAACUUUCAAUUCUGAAAGUUCUGGCAAUAAUUCUCCACAGGAGAUUACUAAAUCAAAACAAAUGACUCAAGACAUUCGAGCCUGUUCACAAGAUUCUGAUGUUGAACAGUUACCUCUUCGUUGGUCAGAUGAUGGUUCUCAAGAUGGAAAGUCGAAGGAAAAUCUUGUAAAAUUAGAAUCCGUAAACGAUAGUGAUGAUAUAUCAAAAAUAAAAGAGUACAUAGAAACAUCUGUGACCAAAGAUUGCGAAGGCAGCUGGCAUAUUGAUUUAAUUAAAAGAGGUUUUGAUGCUGAAACAGCAAAAAUCAUUGAACGAGAUUUGCUUGAUUCACCUCGCCAAAAUCAAGAAACAAACUCACACUCACUUGUUUCAGAAAACUCGGAACUUAAGAAUCGCAUUUCAUUAGAAGAUAGUGCUAGAACUUUAAGUAGUACCUCAGUCAAUCUCGAAAUAAUUGAAAACGACGAUGAUAAUGAGGAAAUAGAACUAUCUGUACAUGAAUGUAAUGAAGAUACUACAAAUUAUAUUAAACUUCAGUAUGACUAUUCAAACUGCAUAAGUGUGCAAGAGCAGGCAGCAAAGCUGAAGGAUAAAUUUUCUAUGGAAGUUUGUAUAGAAGAUGGUGUUACUGUACGGUUGAGAGCUACACCAUUUAGUGUAUUGCUUGACCAAGAUCCGCAAGAUAUGGUCACGAAUGAUUAUGUUAAGGAGACUGAAAUAGCUGUUAGUUCGAUAUCGAAUAUUGACAAAUUGUACACACCAAUGAAAGAUCCUAAAGCACAAGUUUAUGAAAUAUUUGACUCUACAUUGACUAGUUUAGACACACCUUUGAAGUUAAACAGUCCGAGAAUGCAGGAGUGUGAGUCAGUAGUAACCGAAGUGGCGGUUGAGGUUGAACAGGUGGAGUACAAAGAAAAAAUUGAAGUAAAAAAGAGGAAACGAUUGCAAAGCGGAACCUCUUUAGACGAGUCAACAAAUAACAGUAAAAAAGCGAAAUCGGAUACAAGCUACUUACUUAAUACGGCAAAUAUACAAAAUAUAGAUAUAGAAUCCGUUUUAAGUAAGUUACAUGGCCCAUGA